GCAAAUGGAGCCGUGUCAGUGUCAGUGCAGAACAGCUUCUACAUUGGGGAUGCUGCUGGUCGACCCCCAAACUGGGCCCCGGGCCGCAAGAAAAAGGAUUUUUCCUGCACUGACCGACUGUUCGCCCUCAAUGCCGCCCUUCGUUUCCAAACCCCCGAGGAAUUCUUCCUGGGUUGGGCUCCGGCGCCCUUUGACCUUCCGACCUUUGACCCCCGCCGCUUGGACCCCACCGCUGACCUCUAUGACCCCCCCGAGGCCGCGUUGACCUCAGACGACCCCGAAGUGUUGGUGGCUGUGGGUUACCCUGCGGCCGGCAAAUCCACCUUCCUGCAGACCCACAUCGUCCCCGCGGGCUACACAUACGUCAAUAGGGACACGCUGGGCUCGUGGCAGCGCUGUGUGGCCGCCACCGAGAGAGCCCUGAGCUGCGGGAACAGGGUCGUCAUUGACAACACCAGCCCCGACCCGAGCCAAGAGACAAGGGGAAGAUACAUUGCCUGUGCCCAGGCAGCCUCUGUGCCGUGCCGCUGUUUGCUGUUCACAGCCACCUUGGAGCAGGCAAAGCACAACAGCAGGUUCAGGGAUAUGACGGACAGCGCCACGUCCCCGUCAACCUGACCGCUGUC